UAAAAGUCAGAGAGAUCGACAUAUGAGUAUGCACCUUGGUCUUCGACCUUAUGGCUGUGGUGUCUGUGACUGGUGACCUGUAAAGUUGCAGUGUUAAUGUACCACAAUACCCGAUUUCUGCUGCAGCACAAAACAGAAUUCCUGAGUUUCACUACCCCAAGAUGUGAAACUAUACCAACAUAAAGAUGAUACUCUGAUUGGAGGACCUUCUUCUGAGAUGUUGGGGGAAGUAGCAGCAGCAGUGUGACAAGCUCCACACAAAGCAGAAGUUGAGAUCCCACCCAAGGGUUGUUAAAGACCAGGCAAAACUAUGGAAGUGGUACCCAGAACGUGAAGACGUCAAAACGUUAAUACAGGGAUUUGAAAACAUAUCCAUCACCGGGGAUGCUUCCUGCCCCACAGCAGCGUGGGGUUUCUGUAGAACAUAAUACUGCAAUCUAUUUCAAACUGUCACUGGCCGAUCUAGGCUACCGGGAGAGGUCCCUGCGGACAGGAGAGUGGCAAAUGUGACACCCAUCCGCAAGAAGGGCCGGAAGGAGGAUCCUGACAGCUGCAGGCCCGUCAGCCUGAGCUCGGCGCCGGGGAAGGCCGUUCAUCCCGCGUGCCAUCAGGAAGCAUCGUCAAAAUCCCGGGUGCGCACCGACUCCGCUUACAGCUUAAGCUUUGUUAUGUCUCGGUGGGGGAGCCGUGCUGCGAGGGAGGCUUCGAGGGAGCCGCUGCCGCUGAGCCGGCCGUGCCCUCCGCCCGUGCGCGUCAGUAGGAAGCGGAAGCGCUGCUGGAGGAAUUGGUUCCGGGUGUGAGUAGCUGCGGGAGCGGGCGGGAAGUGGCGGUGGGAGCGGGCAGGAGACGGGCCGGGCCGGGCCGGGCCGGUGACCCGCCAUGUGAGAGGUGCUGACAGCUCCAGGUGAGCAGCGGGCGGGCAGGCGCGUCGCAGCGGGCGGCUGCUCCAAGGGCCGGCGCGGCGCUCCCGUGCGGGACGGAGACCGUUCUCUGAACAGGGGGUCUUGGCGCCCUGACAGGCCUCGCAGGGGCGGCGGCCGCGAAUCGGCGGUGGAACAGGCGGCCCUGGCGCGGCGCAGGGCUCGGCCGCCGUCCCGUGCCAGAUGGCGGGGGCUCGGUUCUGCAGCCGGCGACUGACGCGGGGGCGAGUGGCGACGCGGGUUGCCGGGGAACGGCGGCAGCGGAUCUGCUGUCACGACCGAUUCCGGCCCUACCGGGCUCCCGCAGCGCCCAGCCUCGUCUCGUUGGGAGCUGUCGCCGCAUAACCUGUCUGUCUCUUGUGUAGUUUUGGCUUUCUGUUAAGGAGGGCGAAUGCGCGUGUCUGGGUCUUCUAUUGACCCGAACGAGGCGUAAAGUAACCGGCACAUGGGGCUUGGCCGGCUGAAGCGGCUUUAGACAAGGUACCGUUUGUAGCGUUUUCACUGGAAGCUGGUGGAGCCUUCAGCUGCUCCUGUUCUGUUAGAGGAGCUGGAAAUUCUAGUGAAGCCUCAGUCACUGUGAUGGUGAAGGCCCCUCAGAAUGCCUGCAGGUGUACGUACCAUACAGCAAAGCGUUUACUUUAGAAUCAGUCAGAGUUGAGAGUGAAUGUAGAAUAAGCCUGAGUCUGAGAAGUGAUAUGGGAGAGCCUGGCUGCUAGGAACAAAAAGGUGUCGUAGGAUUAACUGCACCACAGUUGUUAACAGAAUUCCCAGCAUCUGGAAUCACAAUGUGUCUGUGCUUCAUUGCCCAUUCGAUGGGAGCUACUGGACGUAAGUGACUGGGAAAAUACUAUGAAAAUGUGUUCAUCAAAGUUACUUUAAAUCUAUGGAAGAAAUUGCUGCUGAUAUCUGGACAUAUCUAGUAUUUUUUGUGGUUCCAAAAAAAAUGAUGAUUUGAUGAAGAGUAAUUAAGUUGGGAGGGGUCUGUGGUUUUGGUUUGGUUUUUUUUUUAAAGCAGAUGGAUUAAAAUUCCUAAUGCUGACCAAGUAUUACCUUGGUAGGAAAUCAUUUAUUGUUACAAUAGCUGAAAGUACAAAAGCCCUCUCCCCCUGCUCUCCUUCCCCACUUCUUAAAGUGUUAGGUGUGUAUAUAUUGCAAGUCUCAUGCUAUCAAUUGGAGAGGGGUUUAUACUGAUAGUGGCUUCUCGAAGCAUGCCUCUCAAAGUUGUCAGAUUUCAGAGAAUGUGAACAGUUACUGGUUAGGAUUACAUAGUGGGAAUAUUAUGAAUUUUGUGCACGAAAAGAAAGGUUUUGAUCAUUACUUGUAAGGAAGGUCUUGCUGAUUUUAAAUGUAGAUAUUGUAAGUAUGGCCCUUUGUUUUAUUUGUCUGAUCUAAUUCUUUUGCUGAUCUUGGCUAUCUCUAGUUUGCCUUCUAGUAACUUUUUUUUUUCUGUGUUCAGAGAUAGAUACAUUCCUGUAACUGCUUUUGUAGUAAUUUGACUUCUAGAGGCAACACUUAGAGAUUAUUUUUAUUGAGGUUUCUAAUCAUUGAGUGAAACUUUGCUUAUUUGUUAAUAGUUACUUCACUUUUACUCUUUCAAUCACUUCCAUACAGGCAAGCAAUUGUGAAGAAGACAAUUUGAGAAUAAGAGACAAAGGUAGCCCUUGGACUUCAGUUUCACAACUGCUUUCUUCGCAUGUUUGCUCAAAUAAGAGGCUCCUGUUCAGUUUUAGGUUUGAGUUUUUUUUCCCUAUGAAAUGCUAAAUAUGCAGUUCUUGUCAUUUCCCUGCUGCAUCACACUAAGCACUGGGAAUGAAUCUGUAGUGUUAUUGUUAAGGUGUAUGUGUGUGCAUAUAUACAGAUAUAUAAGUUAAUUUUUUUUAAUAUUGAUGUUAAAAUUGUGCACCCAUUCAAGUGGGGUUUUUUAAUUCAAAAUGUGAAUGCUGAUGAGGUAAAAAUAAACUCUUUUCACUUUUUGUUAGGCAGAAGUCUGAAUCAGUAAAAAAAAUUCUGCAAAAAGUGUAGCAGUUCAAUGUAUUGUUCAGCCAUGCAAAUUAUUGGAUUGUGUUCUAUGAUGCUUCAGGAGUGCUUGCCUGACAGACCUGACUUUUGACUCUUGGUUUCACUGUGGAUGUUUAGCUCUUUUAAUUGUUGCCUCUCUGUCUUUAGAGGAAGAAUAAUGAUGUUAACUUUCACUGUAAUGUUCUGAUAUCUACCAAUGAAAGCAUGCAAGAACUAAGUUUUCUAGUAACUACAUUUCAGCCUAUACUAACUUCAGGUUCUGAGGAAACUGGGAGUUUCCUCCAUUUUUGUGAGGUAAUGACGUUUUAUAUGUUGUUGUGUAGUCUUCCCUACUAUAACAGAUUCUCUGUUUUGAUCUAGAAGUAAAGCAGAUAUAUUUUCAAAGCUGUUUUUUUUUAAUGAAUAAUAAAGUGUGUGCACCUUUUAUUGUAUGCUUUACUACAGAUAAUUCAUUAUUUCAAGGUCUGGCUGAACUCUGUAUGUUUCUGUUGGUUCCAGUGGGCAUUAUUUUCAGCUUAGUUGAAACUUUCCCAAAACUUGACACACCUUGUAAAUUCAAUCUAGAGUGAUUUGAGAAUGGUUAAGGUUCAGAGGAAUGAGGAUUUAAAAUGCUGUUUUGCUAAGAAAGGAUCUAAUUGCUUCCAUAGCCAUUGGUCUUUGAGAGACAUGAUUGUUUCCAUAACUUUUGCAUUACUAUGUUACUAGACUACUAGAAAGGCAGCUUAGUUCUCAUUUUGGGUUUGGAUUUUUCAGAAUGGCUUUGAAUCAGGAAUCAAUUGUCACUGUAGACUGGUCAAAAUAGUACUGAGCUUAACAAAACUACGGGCACAGAGUUUAUGUGUAAACAUAGGCUUGUGCUAGCUGGUUUUAAUCAUACUGGCAGUUUUAUUAAUAUGUUAGAUGUGCAACUAACAAAAUGGUGUGUUUAACUGAGCUGGGAAGGAUUCUGAGAUCACUGUUGAUGUAAAGGAUGCCAUUAUCCUAUUGCAAAAGCUGCAAACAAAAUGAAACUUCAUACUGCAAAAUGCUGCAACAAAAUUUUCUGUUAUGUUGUAGUAGUAUCCCUUAGAAUCUGUUGAUCAGUUUUUUGUUAGACUUCCAUCUGAGUCCAUGACUGUCAUUUAUUCUGAGACAUCAAAAUUUCAUAUUUAUGUGCAGCGCACUCUAGUUGUACUCUCCAGUGUGUUUAAAUUUGAGUGAGUUUAAAAGGAAAGAAUACUAAUCAACUGAAGCUAAGGUUAUUCUUUCAUUUAUUAUGCUAUGGAUAAAAGUGCUUCUAGAAUUCAGCUUUGUAGUUCUCUGGAAACCGAGAGUUCACAAAAGAAGAGUAUAAAUAAGAGUGAUUUAGGAAAUUACCUUGUUUGACAUGAUAAAUACUUAAGCAAUAAUAUCACAUUUGUUUAAUGUUUCAUUGAAGUGGGAAGCUUUGAAAGAAAAUGAGUGGAACUAUGGUUUUAUGUGGUCAAGCACAUACUUGCAGUUUUGCCACCAAUCUUAAAACCUAUUGUUUUGUGUCAUUAGUGUCUUCAGUUUUACUUAUUGGUCAUGUGCUUGUGAAUUACUGCUAUAAGGUAACAUCUAGGUGACCACAUUCAUAAAGAGUAAAGCUUUAAACAAUUUUGUGCUUACUGUAGUGCUAUGAUUUAUGUGAUAAAUGUUAUGUUAAAGAGCUUUUAAGUGUUAGUUCUGCGUAGUGCAAUGCAGUCAAAGUUUAGAAGAAAUCUAGUUAGCAUACAGACUAAUUUUAGAUAUCCCUUCCAUUAAGCUCCAAGUGUUCCCUUAGAUAUCAAGUGGAACCAUUAUCCCAGUCAUCCUUUCUAUGGCUUAAAGGAGUUGUUUUAAAUUCACAUGUGAUUUUAGUGCAUAAGUUAUGUGAGAAAUAUGUAAUUAGUUGUGUUUUCUGUCACAAGGAGGAUCUCUCUGGCAGUGUGUUGUGUAGACAACAAAAUAGAUGGCAUGGAUGAACUGAAAAUAUAAAAGACUCUACUUUUAUUAUUUAUGGUGUUUCUGGAAAACAUUCAGUGCAACUGAUUUUUAAAUCUAUAAAAAACAGUAUCAUCUGAUUAUCUCAGAAUAAAUAUAAAAUAAUUUUGUCUCUUUCAUGAACUUUAAAUAAAGGCUCGAGUUCUUAAGAGAAUGGCUGCUUAUCUCAGUUGUUGGUAGCUUUCUUCUUGUUUUGUUAAAAUGAGUGCAAUAUUACAGUCAACUUUCUAGCUGUAGGGAAACUUACCAUGCUUCGGGGUCCAGGUUUUCAGUGAAGCAGCAGUACUGUGUGUCAUGCAACCUGAGGCCAUACAAUGACACUAUAUGUUUCCUUUUUAAAACAGAAUGUAAUACUUUACUGUUAUGCCAGUUAAAAACUGGUAAAAGAUUAUAUGAGCAGUUUUUUCCAUGUUUCCAAAGGUUAUUUAAAGAGGACUUGGAAAUGCCUCUUGACUGUGACCUAUCAGAUUGCAGGUUUUCUUUGGUUCAGCUAGAAUUAAUUAUUCUGGCUGCUGUAAUCUGAAGACUAAGGCAAAUGCAAACUGAAAGAAGUGAGAGUGAUCAAGAUUUUUUGCCCUGAAACUUCCAUUAUUACAGCUUGAUAGAGUUACACUCAUAGGUUAAAAUUCUCCUGAAUGAUGAUACAUGUUUGCAAUAGUGUCAUAGGUUCUCACAGAUGAUGUAGUAGUUACUGAAUCCUACAAAAUGCAAAGGAGGAGUGCAGUGAUUUAUACAAUACUCGUUUUUUUUUUGCUUUUUCACUGUAUUCUGAGCAGUAAUGUAUGAAGUAUCCAUUCAUGGUGCCAUGGAGCACUAGAGCAGUAAUGGUUUGUAAUGUGUAUUUUUUUUCCCAAGGAUCACAUAUGGUUGAGCUAACUAAAGAAAAUGCAAGGGAUCUUUUCUAACACCUUUGUGUGAGUUAAAAUAAGUGUAAUUUGUAUAAUUCACCUGUCUGUGAGAAUGGCAAAUCAUACAUCAGUAAGUGAAUGAAAUUAAACAGGUGCAGGCUUAGGAGCAGAAACUAAUAUGACAUUGGCAGAUAAACAGCUUCGUGUUUUAGUUAUAUGAUGCUUCUCUGCUGCUACUGUAUGAUGUCAGUAAAAUCAAAUACCAAAUGUAUUUUGUCACCAUCUAUUCUUGUUGUUUUAAGUGAAAUAAGAGCUUUCAUAGAACAUAAUUUUAAAAUUAAGGUUUUUUUGCAAUCUAAUGAUAAAUGUUAAAUGCAUGUCACUCAUGUUCACAGGUUACUUCAAAGGACACUUUUGUUUGAAGACAUAGGGCAACAAUCCAUUACUAGAAAAUCCAUACUAUGGUCUACAUUUGCUGUAUAAGACCCUGAUGAAUAAAUGUAAUACAGACGCAAAGAGCUGAUAUGAUUCUUUUGAGUGAGACUGGAUCAUCUGCUACAGAAAUAGACAGGAGGCUCAACGCAGAGCCCUGCUAAGACUUAGUGAUCUUAGUGUCAAGUUCUGGCCUCUGCUUUAAAACUGGAAAACCUUCAGCCAAUUUCUUAAAUACACAAUAUCUAUGAAAACCUUAAACACUUUGAUCUACUUAUGCAGAAAGGUUAAGAGAGGACUUAUUCAUAGACAGGUGCCCAGAGGUGGACUUAAAUUUUACAGGACUUUAACACAGGCUGCCCAGAGAGGUUGUGGAGUCUCCCUUCUCUGGACGUUUUAAAAACGCGCCUGGACACGUUCCUGUGUAACCUGAUCAAGGUGAACCUGCUUUACCGGGGUUUGGACUUGAGGAUCUCUAGAGGUCCCUUCCAACCCCUAGCAUUCUGGGAUUCUGUAACGUUACACUUAUCCCACAGUCAGGGCUGGAAGCCAAAGCAAGACAAAAUGCAUUACUUUUCAACAACCUAACAUUGCUAUGAGUUGUCUUGGUUCUCACUACCCCACAAAUGCUUGAGUUUGUAUAAUAGAACUAAAAUUUUCUUCACUCUGAAUAUUGUGGUCUUGGACCUAUAGAACACAGAUUACCUCCGUGUGUGCUGAACUGUCAUGGAAAGUACUGGACGUGACUUCUGACUGCACAUUAUUUUUUUUUUCUUCACCUCUGCUAAUUCUGUAAAGAAUUGUUAUGUGGCUUAAAGUAGUUAUAUUCCCAUUGCUUUGGGAAACAAAACUUCAUUAGGAUCAACUAUUAACUGUAGAGAUAAUUUCUUCUGUGGAACAUACAACAGAUGUGCCCAAUUUGCAUUUUGGAGUACCUUCUGCUUCAGUUUAAUGCUACUUGCCUCAGCCCAAAAGAACAGAGAUUAGGGAGACAUUUCAACUUGGCAAAAGCUGUUAAAAAAUUGAGUGUUCCUAUUAGCCUUUUCAAACUGUGGUGAUCUUCUAGACCUGUUUAAAAAAUACUUCAACCAUAAAUUGUAUUGUCUUGAAAGAGCUAGUGGCCUGCCACGAUUAAAGAAUACUUGAGUAUUGUUAGGGUACAGUACCUUGCUGAAUAAUAUUUUGGUUAAUUCUGCUGGAGUUUGAUUGUGGAAACUUGAUUCUGUAUGUAAAUAAAAUAAAACCUUUUUGUGCAUGGGAAUAUAAUCUAAAGACUACUUUUAUUUUCUAGAUAGCACCAUUGCGAAUUCAGGUGAAUAAAUAAGAUUAUUCUUCUUCUAUCCAUUAUUCAUCACUAAAAUAUUGCCAGUGGUGUCUGCUUCUCCAGCCUAUGUAAUGCCAAGAUCUUCCCCUGUGUCUUGCCUUCCCAAAUUGAUGCAAGAAAGUUGUGGUGCCUUGUUACUACCCCCAGCAAAAUUACUGCAGUCUCAGUGCUCUUCCUGCUUCCUCCUGAACAUAGUGUCAGCUUCGUCAGUUCCAGGACCUCUUCAACUAGAGAUUUUGGAGUUUCACUGAAAGAGCAAAAAGGGUUCCCUUCUGUCAUGUGCUACUGUUCAAAUUGUUAUUUAACCCUAGCUUUCUGCAGAUGUUUUCAAAAUCACAGGAAGCAUGUCUUCAAUGGAAGAAGCUAAGGUGGAGAAGUAGUCCUAAGAAGUGCAUGCUGUAGCUUGUUCACUUUUGUUUUUUUCAAGAGAUAUGGGUAUAGAGGUUCAUGCAUUGCUUCUUGGGCUGUGUUUUGUGUACUUGAUCUGUUUGUUUGCUUUCAAAGCGGUACUGUAUGUUCCCUUGAUACUUAUUUCUGGUUUUUACAGUUUAUCUGCUACGCGGACAGCCAGACUUAGAGACCUUUAACUCCAGCAUCCUCUCCACUCGCUACCAGGAUUUGUGCUGCUUACUUCUAACAUUUUAAGGAAAAUAAGUUUCUUUGUUUCCCAAAAGAAAGAUUAAACAACUUUGAGAACAAGGCUAUAGAAUUGUUGAUAGAUAUAUAUGCCUAUGAAGACAAUUAGAUGUUGUUACAGAGUUGUGAUGUGCUAGGAUUACUGAGGAUCCUUUUUGUCUUAGUAUCUUUCUCUUCCUGCUUCUUAUGCUUUCUCUGAUUUGUGUUCACAGUCCAUUUUCAGUGUGUAUCUAUAUCCUAGGGAGUGUGAUUAAUCUAGAGAUGCUAAGGUGCCAUGAUCAAAAGAACAUACUUUUUUUUCUCCAUGAUAAGGUAUAAAAUGCCCAUUUUCUUCCUACUUGAAUGCCCAUCCUUGAUUUAUUCCUUCUGUCUGGACUAGUGCUAGUGGUGACAGUUUGCAUUUUAAUAUUUUGUGUAAGAUUUCUCCAGUUUGCUGAGUAUGAGCCCCUAGGGAAAUAUGGGUCAAGGAGGAAGACCACUUUCUAUACAUUCUAGACACACAAAAAAGAAGUAAUUUCUGAUAGAGAUUGAGUAAGGCUUGACCAAGAUCCGAUUGAUUCCUUAGCUCAAGGAUCAAAUUGAUGCAGGAAUGACAAAUUACUGCUGCUAGGGACUGGUCUUGUUUCAUACACAGUCCACAACCUAGGUAACUUGUCAGUUUGUCUUGCUUAGGUCAAAGCUCUUCCUCCACUUAGCAAAUACAUGGUUAAUCAGGAAUGUCGUGAUGUUCCAUGUGUAUACCUCAUGAGCCACACAAAUGAAAGGUACUGAACUAUGUUGGGCUUGUAAAGAAGCUUGCUACUCUGUCAGAUGACUUGACAAACAGGUAUCCUGACUGCUGAGGCUUCUGUCUUCCCAGUGGAGUGGGUGCAUCUGAUAGGGACUUAAACGGUGGUUGUCUGCACAACCAUGCAGGGAUGCUGAGAAUAACAAGGUUAAUCUUGCCGUUUAACUACCCCACUGUUCGAUCAGGGUUGGUUUGUUUGUUGUAAUGUUUGAUUUCUGACCUACAUCUGACUUGCAUCAUCUGACAAGCUCUGAAUCAUUUUGUAGGUUUGUUUGCUGAGUAAAAGAACUGUCCUGCCAAAGCUAUCUCUGUGUAGUAGACUAUGAAUUGAUCAUAUCAAUUCUGUAACUACCUUUUAGUUCUUAUUUUCUUUUUCAGCUAUAAGAGCACCUUAGCAGCUCUGAUAACCUGAUUUUGAAUGCUCUGUGAGAGUUUUUACCUAUUUUUCUAAAUCAAACCAGUGGUGUCAGGAAGUAGGCUGUCUUGUUUCUCUGCUUAAAAGAAGCUACAUUUGUGAAGAUUAAGAAUGGUACUUUUAAGGAGCAGUCAGCUGAUACAGAGCCAGUUCUUCCUUGUAGAUUUUUUAUUAUAUUCCUACAUGUUGAUUUUGGUUUUAGCAUGCAUGAAUUUUCAUAAUUUGAUUUAAAUUGUUCAUAUGUCCCAUUACAGCAUGUAACAUAAGACAUAAAUAGGAAAAAAAUCCAUAAGUAUGUUGUGAUACAUUGGACAUGCUUCCUGCAUCAGAAGUCAAUGGAUGAUGUUGAGAUCUGUUUGUUCAAUUGGAAAAGCAGAUUACUCUUUACAUCAGUAGAAAUGGACAGCAGCAGUUUCAUUCAGUUUGAUGUGCCUGAGUACAGCAACACUGUUCUGAGCCAGUUAAAUGAACUCCGCUUGCAAGGAAAGCUAUGUGACAUAAUUGUGCAUAUUCAGGGUCAGCCAUUUCGAGCCCAUAAAGCUGUCUUAGCUGCCAGUUCUCCGUAUUUCCGUGAUCAUUCAGCAUUAAGCACCAUGAGUGGCUUAUCGAUAUCAGUUAUUAAAAAUCCCAAUGUUUUUGAACAGUUGCUUUCUUUUUGUUACACUGGAAGGAUGUCCUUACAGCUGAAGGAUGUUGUUAGUUUCCUAACUGCAGCUAGCUUUCUACAGAUGCAGUGCGUCAUUGAUAAAUGCACACAGAUACUGGAGAGUAUUCAUUCAAAGAUCAGUGUUGGUGAUGUUGACUCUGUCACUGUUGGUGCUGAAGAAAAUUCAGAAAAUCGCAAUGGAGUUAAAGACAGCAGCUACUUUGCCAAUCCUAUUGAAAUAUCUCCCCCCUAUUGCUCUCAGGUGCGACAGUCAUCGGCAGGCAGCGAUCUUAGGAUGGAAACUACUCCAGGCAAAACUCUACGUAGUCGUCUGCAAGAAGAAGGGCAUUCAGAUCGAGGAAGCAGUGGGAGUAUCUCUGAAUAUGAGAUUCAGAUUGAAGGUGAUCAUGAGCAAGGAGACCUGAUAGUAAGGGAAAGUCAGAUUGCAGAGGUGAAAGUAAAAAUGGAAAAGUCUGACAGGCCAAGCUGCUCCGACAGCUCUUCCCUUGGUGAUGAUGGAUAUCAUACUGAGAUGGUGGAUGGCGAGCAAGUGAUGGCAGUAAAUGUAGGUUCCUAUGGGUCCGUUUUACAACAUGUUUAUUCAUUUACCCAUGCCUCAUCACAGGCUACAGGUGUGUCUGAAGCCUUCGGAAGCCUGAGCAAUACGAGUCCUUCAAGGUCCAUGCUGAGCUGUUUCAGAGGGGGUCGUGCACGCCAAAAACGGGUAUCCACUGGUCAUUUGCAUAGUGAUGUUCAGGGCUUCGUGCAAGGGGCUGACAGUGAGUCCAUGGUGAGUAACCCAGCAUAUGAAAAUAGUCCACGGGAAAGAAAUACAAGAGGUCACUGGUAUCCAUACAAUGAGAGGCUAAUUUGCAUUUACUGUGGAAAGUCUUUCAACCAAAAGGGGAGCCUUGAUCGACACAUGCGAUUGCACAUGGGAAUAACUCCUUUUGUGUGCAAGUUUUGUGGGAAGAAAUAUACCCGCAAGGACCAACUUGAGUAUCAUAUUCGUGGUCACACAGAUGACAAGCCCUUUCGCUGUGAGAUCUGUGGAAAAUGUUUUCCUUUCCAGGGUACGCUAAACCAGCAUUUGCGAAAAAAUCACCCUGGGGUAACAGAAGUAAGAAACAGGGUAGAGUCUCCAGACAGAACAGAAGCAUUUGUAGAACAGAAAGUAGAUAAUGAUGCUUCAGCUUCUGAAGCUAUGGAUUCUAGUAUGGAAAUUCACGCAAUGUCCAACACAUCUGAUUAAAAUGAUACAUUUUAAUUGCAACAUGCAGCACAUUACUAAAUGUAUUUUUUAAAUCUGUUGUUCUUUUAGUAAUCUUCAGUACAACAGCCUUUUAAUUUUCCUUAUCUUCUAGAAAUCAGUUAGAAAUGGUUUCUGGAGAAGACUGAAUAAGUAAUAUUUGUUUUUGAAGGAGGCUGACUUGUUUGGGUUAUUUUACUUUUGAAGAUGCUCAAAAUAUAAAAGAUAGUGUACUGAGGAAAGUAAAGGAAGAGUCUGCUAAAGAGUCCAUACUGGUUGAUUUGGCAAGACACAAAGUCCGGUGUAGAAAGAUUAAAUUGAGUAAGAUUGGCAGCUCUGUUUGGACAUACCAAGAAGCUGUAAUCUCCCAUAUUUCUUAAAUCCUGUUGCUGGUAAUGAGUUACACAGCAAUGGGAGAGAGAAUAUUAUAGCUUUGAUUCCUUCCAUGUGUCAUGAUGAAAUCUAUUUGCUUUUAAUAACUGUUUUUGGUAGGUAGUCUGUUUAUAUAUAUAAAUUUGCUUUAUAUAUAUAAAGUACUUUCACUUUGAAUAUUCUGGUGGAGGUGAAUGUAAAAGUACGUCAAGGUUUAUACCAUGUACCACUCUUUCAACCGCUAGGUUUCCUCUCUGCUUAGGAUUUAGGUAUUCAGACUUUGGGAGGAUGGUUUUGGUUUUAAAAGAAUGUUGUUUGGUUUUCAUUUUAUUAAACUAUUUCUUUGUGUGCAAAAGUGAGCAAAGUUAAUUACCUUAUUUAAAUAGCUUUGCUUUAUAACAUAUGUAAACCAAAUGCCAUAAAUUAUUAAAUUAUGGUGAAAUUGUUGAGAGGUUUUGUUAGUUGUCUAGAAUCAAAGCUGGACAACCUGUGGUGCUGACCUUUUUAUAUAUAUAGAGAUAGAUAUAUCUAUAUAUAUAUUAAAAAAAGAAAAAAAAAAAUCACAAAAACAACAAACCUAAAAGUAGCAUUGUGGUUUUAAAUGUGUUUUUACUGGCUUCAGAAUCUACCUUCAUUUUGUACUGUAGAACCAUACCAGGUAAAUAAAUUUAACUUCAGCACUCUUCAUGGUUGGUUAAAACCUGAGAGAGAUGUUGCAGUUUAAACUACAGUAUUUCCAAGCAGUGUUUUAAUAGGUCUCUUCACAGAGAGCUGUUUUCAGGUGCAAUUGACUUCCUACUUAAAGCUCCAAGUGAUAUGUCAGCACUUGGAAUUUGUACUUUUUUUUUAUUAGGAAAAAAAAAAACCUAUGGGAAUUUCAAGCAAUAUGUCUGUUAUUUCAUGUGUGAGUAUUACAGAGUUGCUAUGGCUUCCCUGCUAUUUUCAGUGGUUGUUUUCUGUGUAAAGGAACUACCAACAACUUCUAAAAUACUCUAAAUCUUUUUGUUUCACCAAAUGUUUUCUUUUAAUAUGGUGCUAACUUCAUCAUUUAGGUCAGUAGAAUAUAUAAAAUGUGAAACAUAAUGGACAGUUAAGCAAAAGAAGAAGAAAAAACCAUACACACACCAAAAAACCCAACUAUAAACUAUCAACAAACAACAAAUAUUAAAAAAGCCCCACCCGAGACAAGCAAGCAACAACAAAAAAGUGAUAGCUUGAGAGACCUCAAAAGCAUGAACUUGCAAGCACUACUGUGUAAAAUUCUUCUUAAUGAACAGAAUUAAAGUAAUCACGUGCUUCUUUAAAA